ACAGGUUAUUUUGCUAACAUGCAUGACCCGGGUCAGGCAUGCCAUUGCUCCAUAAUUAAUUUUGCUGGCAUGCAUGAUCCAGGUCAGGCAUGCAUGAUCCAGGUCAGGCAUGCCGUUGCUCAAAUGGAAACAAUUAACUAGCUGAGAAAUCAAAUCUCAAGUGGAGUGUGUUGAGAAGAUGGGGAUGACAGCAGAGGCAGAUAAAACGUGUGUGAGGGGAUGCUGCUCCAGUUCCCGUAUUCGCGUUACACUUCCAACCUCCUCAUUUGCUUUGCUCUCUCAGAUCGCAAAAGGUGCUGAAAGCAUUGUCUACGAAGCAAGAUUGGAAGGCAAGAGAGUGGCAGCCAAAAAACCCAUCUUAUCUACUACAGAUGAUCUGAACCGUUUUCAUAAAGAAUUGCAAAUGUUAUGCAAGCUCGAUCAUCCAGGCAUAGUAACAUUGUUGGCAGCACAUGCAAGGCCACCCAACUACCUGUUCUUCUUUCCUUUCUACGAGAAUGAUAAUUUGGCUGAAGCUUUGCAUGCACAAGAAUGGAAUCCAUCUGUGGAGAAAAUAUUGGCAAUAUCACUGCAGCUAGCUAAGGUGUUGCAGUAUCUUCACAAUAUUGGAAUUGUCCAUAGGGAUGUCAAACCUGCAAAUAUUCUUCUUGACAGCAAAAUGGAUGCACAGCUUACAGACUUUGGGCUAGCAGCAUAUGAAAAAGAUCUUGAGGUUAUCUCCUUACAAAAUUGGAAGUCAUCUGGAAAACCAACUGGGGGUUUUCAUAAAAGAACAAUGGUCGGAACACUUAUUUAUAUGGCACCAGAAGUACUAAAAAAAGAAAUACACACCAAGAAGUCUGAUAUUUAUAGUUUUGCAAUCACAAUCAAUGAACUUGUUACAGGUGUUGUUCCUUACACAGAUCGACGGACUGAGGCUCAGGCUCAUACAGUUCUUGAAAUGAAUUACACUGAACAACAGCUUACAUCAGCUAUUACUUCUGAGGGACUGCGUCCGGUACUUGCCAGCCAAAAUUCAGGGGUCCCAUCCCGCCUAUUGUCACUGAUUGAACAGUGCUGGAAUAGGAAUCCUGAGCAGCGCCCUUCUGCUGAUUCUUUGGUUGAAAGCCUGGAUGAAAUUAUUUUGCAAUAUAAAAAUGAAGUGCUUCAAAAUGAGAAUAUAAACAGCAGUGGUGUUUUCGAAUCAAAUCAUAUUAAUGCAGCCACAAGUUGCUACAACCAUAAAAAACAAGUAGAUGUCAGUUGGUCAGUUCAGGGUGAAGUUAGUGCACAAAAGCUUUGCACUGAUACUGAAUUUGCUCUUAAUAAGUGGCUUAACCCUUCACCUGGACAGUUAAUGUAUUAUCCAACAUUAUCAUGGGGUUCAUUUGCCACUUGUGGGAGAAGAGAUACAAUGGAAGAUACACACUUUUUGUUGCCUCAUUUGGGAAAUGAGAAAUAUGUUUCUGCAUUUGGGGUCUUUGAUGGUCAUCGAGGUGCUCCAGCUGCCCAGUUUGCAGCACAAGCUAUACCAGGAUUUUUGCAAUCAUCUGGUCCAUUCCACAGCCCAUCAGAGGCACUGGUAAAUUCAUUUCUCAAAACAGACAUCUUGUUUCGGAAUGAACUUGAGCUGCAACGUUGUUCAACAAAAGGUACACCCAAGGAUUGGCACCCAGGUUGCACUGCUGCUGUGUCCUUGAUUGUAGAAAACAGACUCUUUGUAGCAAAUGCUGGUGACUGUAGGACAAUUUUGUGCAAGAAUGGUCAUGCAGUUGCUCUUAGUAAGGAUCAUGUUGCAAGCUGUGUGGAUGAAAGAGAUCGAGUCAUUAAAGCCGGGUGCCAGGUUAGAUGGCAAAUAGAUACCUGGCGAGUUGGUUCAGCUGCUCUCCAGGUUACUCGCUCUAUCGGAGAUGAUGAUCUGAAGCCGGCUGUAACUGCCGAGCCAGAAAUCACAGAAACUUUAUUAUCGCCCGAUGAUGAAUACUUGGUGAUUGCAAGUGAUGGGCUUUGGGAUACACUAAAUAAUGAAGAUGUCAUUUCUCUUAUCAAAGACACUGUCAAAGAACCUAGCAUGUGUUCCAAACGACUUGCAACAGAAGCUGUAACAAGAGGUAGUAAAGAUAACAUCACUGUAAUUGUCGUUUUUCUUAAUCCAGUCACUACUGUGGAGCGCAUCUAUUGAAUGUGAUUGGUCUUUAAGUGAACACUCGAUAUCAAUUUUUCCCAGCUCCCAUGAGCUAUGUGUUGGCCUUUAAACAUGGAAAAAUGUUAUUCUUGAGGUCGCAUCUCACCCAUUUUUUAUAUAUUAUUUAUAUUAUGUUCCAUUAAAACUUGUACACGGGUGUAUAGAUUCAAUGGCCAUGCUGAUAAGUUUAGUCCGAUCUUUAAUUGUAUUAAAACUGAUAAAAUGUACGAAGUUUAUUAAAUGUAUUGUUAAUAGGAUAUAAAUUUGUGAAA